CCGCGGCCGGGAGGCAGCUGCGAGCCGGGCGGCGCGGUGCCACGCUCACAGCCGGACGGACCCCGCACACGCGUGUCCCCACGCAGCCCUCACCAUGGCUGACGCCUUCGCGGGCACCUGGAAGCUGGUGGAUUCGGCCAAUUUCGAUGAGUACAUGAAGGCGUUGGGCGUGGGCUUCGCCACCCGGCAAGUGGCCGGGCUCACCAAACCCACCACCAUCAUCGAGGUGCAGGGCGACAAGAUCACCGUGAAGACCCAAAGCACCUUCAAGAACACGGAAAUCAGUUUCAAGCUGGGCGAGGAGUUUGACGAGACCACGGCGGACGACAGGCACGUCAAGUCUGUGGUCACACUGGAUGGAGGCAAACUCAUCCACGUGCAGAAGUGGGAGGGGAAGGAGACGUCACUGGUCCGGGAGCUGAAGGAUGGGAAAUUAGUUCUGACUCUCACCAUGGGCAACGUCACCUCCACCCGCACCUACGAGAAGGCGACAUAGAUGCCGUCCCCAGCUUCCCCGCUCAUCACUCGGUGCCAAGUUCGCCCCCUCGUUGCCUCUGUGCUCGCCCCGCACUGGGCAGCACUCGCUGGGGACUCAGAGCCCGCUGCCCCCCAGGGCCGCCCACUGCCCCCAUUGCCUUGUGGGGCUGCCUGGGGAGUGGGCGCUGGGGUUGUGGUUUGGGGAUGUUUUUUUUUUUUUAUUAAUAAUGGGAAAACCCACAUGGAAAAAUAAUAAAGGCCAUGUUGUUA